UAGCGAACGGGCCGCGCAGUGCCAGCAGUCUACGCUUGGAGCUUGGAGGAACCGGAGCAUCGUGUUGGGGAGACUCGUCGUCGUUCGCGUACCGCCGUCGCGUGUGUACUGUGCUACUCGUGUACCGUUGUUAUUAUUGCUGCUGUUGUUGUUGUUGUUGUGCCGUCGAAACCAAUUAAUCAACCUCGUGCUGCGAGCGAACAGGUGUCCAAAAAGUUUGGUGUUUAGUGGCUAAUUUUUGUGUGAAAUCAUUCGCUACUACCCAAUACCUCCGCAAAGCAGAGAUUUGCUCUCCAAAAAUGAAAGAUUUGGUAAAGAAAACACCAGUCCAAACAUGGUACACUGGAAAAACGAUCUUCGUCACCGGUGGAUCCGGUUUCAUGGGCAAGGUGCUGUUGGAAAAGCUGCUCUACUCCUGCUCCGACCUGGAGCGCAUUUACGUCCUGAUGCGACCGAAGCGCGGCAAAUCGCCACAAACACGUAUUGAGGAUUGGCUCAAGCUACCGGUUUUCAAGCGCAUCCGGGAGGAAAAGCCGGAAGUGUACAAGAAGCUCGUCCCGAUACCGGGCGAUGUGACGAGCGACAAGCUCGGCAUCAGCCCGGAGCACGAGCAGCUGCUGAUCGACACGGCCGAGAUCGUGUUCCACUGUGCGGCCACACUGAAGCUCGAAGCGCGGCUGAAGGAUGCGAUCGAGAUGAACACGAUCGGCACGAAGCGUAUCCUCGAUCUCUGCCUGCAGAUGAAGCGCCUGAAGGCGCUGCUACACUUGUCCACGGCAUUCUGCUACUGCGAUAAGGAAGUACUCACCGAGAAGGUGCACGACUUCCAUCACAAUCCGUACGAUCUGAUGCGUACCGUGGAGUGGAUGGAUGAGAAGGCGCUCGACAUGAUCACACCGAACUUGCUCACGCCCCAUCCGAACACCUACACCUAUUCGAAGCGGCUGGCGGAAAUGCUGGUGCGCGACACCUAUUCCAAGCUGCGUGUUUGCAUCGUCCGGCCCAGCAUCGUGUGCCCUGCCAAUGCGGAACCAGUCGAAGGAUGGGUGGACAGUUUGAACGGUCCCGUCGGCAUCAUGGUGGCCGGUGGCAAGGGCAUCAUCCGGUCGAUGUUGUGCAACGGGGAAUACAACGCGGAAGUCAUCCCCGUCGAUCUGGCCAUCAAUGGGCUGAUCACGAUCGCCUACACCCUGGGCCAGAUGGAGGAGAUGCCGAAGGAAAUACCGGUGUACAACAUUACUUGCCGCGAGACGAAGCGAACCACCUGGAAGGAGGUGCUGGAUCUGGGCAAGGCGACCGCCUACGAGUAUCCGUUCGAGGCCGGCGUCUGGUACCCUGACGGCGACAUUACAAUGAACAAAACGUACCACAAUAUCUGCGUUCUGCUGUUCCACUGGCUGCCCGCUUACUUCAUCGACUUUCUGAUGCUUUGCUUCGGCCAGAAGCGAUUCAUGUGCCGCAUACAGAACAUGGUCUCGGAGGGGCUUAGCUUGCUGCAGUUCUUCACCACCCGGCAGUGGGACUUUAAGUCGCACCAGUAUCAAGCGAUAGCGAAGCAUCUCUCGCCGGAGGAUAACACCAUCUUCACGAUGGACGUGGAUGCGAUCGACACGAAGGACUACCUGCGGCGGAUCAUUCUGGGCGGGCGGCAGUUCUGCAUGAGGGAACCGCUGUCCACCUUGCCCAAGGCACGCAUCCAGCUCAAGUGUCUGUACGUGCUGGAUAAGGUGGCGAAGGCAUUCCUGCUCUACGGUUUGGUGUGGCUAUUCCUCACGCUGACCGGGCUGAGGGCCCCGGUGUACGAGAUGCUCGGCUGGGCAUAGGCCAUAAUGGCCAUGUCCCUUUCCAAUGUCCUUAGCGGCCCCUUUUCCCGCACCGUCGAAGCAGGGAGCAAGGGAGAAAAUACUCAACUGGGAAACUGGGUUUCGUUAGGCUUCACGUAGCUUCGCACGUGGUGCUUCUUUUCUAUUGAGUGUGUGUCCUUUUUUUUGUUUGAUAUUAGUUUUCUCCCGUGUUGUUACUCGUGUCAAACCGAUCAGAUUAAUAAAGUAAGCUAACAAAAAUA